UUUUGGUCACUCAAGCCCAUCCACCAGGUGUUAGGUUCUAAACUCUAACCCUUCAGUCCCAGAUCACUCACUCUGGCACAGAACUUGUCAUCUUAGGUCUUAAAAGUUCUCCGCCGUCGCCGCUCGCCGCUCGCCGCUCGCCGCCGUCACCGCUCGCCGCUCGCCGCCGUCACCAUCACCGCGUCUCUGUAACAACUGAGGUCUGAUCUUUCACUUCACCUGUUUGUUUUCCGAGAAAAUUUUCUAAUUUUAGGCCAAAGUUCGAGUUCUCUAUGUCUCUGCUUGAAGUCAUCACGAAGGCUUCGGCCAAUCCCUCACCGCUCACUUCUCAAUCAGACUACCCAAUCAUUCUCAACUCAAAACCCAUUUUGCUCAACUUAAAGGCUCAAAAUGAAUACCCAAAAGACACAUCGCUUGUAAAACGAGUUGAGGGUUGGGAAAUUUCGCAAGUUGAUACUGAAAUCAUGGAGUUAGGGAAGAAUUUCCUUAAACUGUUAAAAAGAAAGCUCAAAAACCCUAAUUUCAAUAGGGAUGAGUUUAUUGGGAUGUUGAAUUCUUAUAUGGAGAAAAAUAGAGAGAAAUUAGGAAUGUCACUUCGGCUCAAUCCGUCAGAUGAGAAGUAUACUCGUGAACUGAUUGAGAAGCUAGGGUUUUGUAUGGGUCCAGAGGUAGUGGGUUUGGUUUUGGAGGCGUGUAUUGCUUUUGAGGUUUGGGAGCUGGUAGAAACCCUAAUAGUUCAUGGGGUUGUUGAGCAUUCGUGUUCGUCGAAUUUGGUUUAUAAUUUAAUUGAGAAGAAGAAGUCGGAUUUGGUUUGUUUGUGUCUCAAGCAUGUGUCGGAUCUUCAAGCGUCUGAUAUACUUUGCAUUUUGAAAUACUUUCUUUCACCGCCUAAAGAUGCCUAUAAAAGUAUGGUUAGUGUGAGGCAGGAAUGGGAGGGCCAAGCAUUAAUGGCCAUAGAGAAGGUGACAGACAAAAGUCUUUCUGGGAAGAAGUCGUGCUUGGCGAAGGAGGCCUCAAUUUUACUUAUGGUGGCACAUGAUGAGUUUUCUCUUCCAGAGUUGUGCUUGCAUUUUUUGCUAGCCUCUUCAAAUCUUGAUGUACUGAUACUGUCAUCUUGUGUUAGCAAGUUGAAUGGCUCGGAGAUGAUGGGUUUGAUUCGAUAUUUGGGGAAGUGGUUGAAGAAGUAUGAAAAGUUUCCUCAGGCUAGUCCUUGUCUGAAAGCCUCAUCUGUGUUGGGGUUGAAAGCUUGUGAAUUUAUCCCUACGCUUGAAAGCAUUGUAAAGUGUCUUGGGUUGGUGCUGGAUGAGCAUUUUUCUUCACUGGUCUUGCAUCCAGAAUUUCAUGAAGAGCUGAGAGCUAUAGCGGGACUUACUAAUUCAUUAACCUCAGAGGCAAGACUUUGUUGUUCUGUGGCAAAUGUAAUUGAGAAUUUGAGAACCGAGCUUUAAAGGCUAACCAUCUGUCAAGCUUUUAAGAAACAUGACUUGGUAGUUGAAGAAAAGGCGAAUAGUUCUUUGGAGAUUUUCAACCGCUCUCAUCGUGGACCUGGCAGUUUUGGCAUGGUAGGAACAUUUAGCAGAAAGGUUUUUGGUGAAGCAAUCACCUAGUGUUUUACAAUGUAACUUAUUUGGAUUCUCCUUUUCUAUUCCAUGUAAGAUCGAUUAUGUUUUUGACGAAUUUUGAAGUUUUCCUCUCCCUCAUCCCCAUGGUAAGAGUUACCUAGGAUUCUAUAAUUUUUCUUGGUGAAAGUUUGACAUUUUUUAAGUCUAAAUUCCAGCA